GCGGUACCGUUGCACGCAGGGCAGUUGCUAACCCAGCGGUUUUCAGAGCUGCCUCGCAGAGAGCCUGGGCGGUCCAGGUUCCGAGGCCGACGGGGCGGCUUCGCCCAUCCUGAAGCCCCCGGCGUCCUCGGGUCCGUCGGCAUGAAUCCCGUGGUCGUGGUCCACGGUGGCGGAGCCAGCUGUAUCUCCAAGGACCGCAAAGAGCGGGUGCGCCAGGGAAUCAUCCAAGCCGCCACCACGGGGUACAACAUCCUAAAGGAGGGAGGGAGCGCGGUUGACGCUGUGGAAGGAGCCGUGACCGUCCUGGAAAAUGAUCCCGAGUUCAACGCAGGCUGUGGCUCCGUCUUGAACGUCAAUGGUGAGGUGGAGAUGGACGCCAGCAUCAUGAGCGGGAAAGACCUGUCUUCAGGAGCCGUGUCCGCAGUCCGGUGCAUCGCAAAUCCCAUCAGGCUGGCGCGGCUCGUCAUGGAAAAGACACCUCACUGCUUCCUGACUGGCCAGGGUGCCACAGAAUUCGCAGCCGCCAUGGGGAUCCCGGCGGUUCCUGGGGAGCAGCUGGUAACAGAGAGAAACGUCAGGCACCUGCAGAAAGAGAAGCAAGAGAAAGCUGCUCAGAAACCACACCAGCAAAUAAGCUUGGGAACCGUGGGAGCCGUCGCCCUGGACUGCACGGGGAAUGUGGCUUACGCAACCUCGACGGGGGGCAUCGUGAACAAAAUGGUCGGCCGUGUGGGGGACACACCGUGCGUAGGAUCCGGAGGUUAUGCUGACAACGGCAUCGGAGCCGUUUCAACAACGGGGCACGGGGAGAGCAUCCUGAAGGUGAACCUGGCCAGACUCACACUCUUCCACGUAGAGCAAGGAAAGACACUGGAAGAGGCUGCUGAGAUGUCGUUGGAUUAUAUGAAGUGCAAGGUCAAAGGUUUGGGUGGCGUCAUCGUGGUCAGCAAAGCAGGGGACUGGGCAGUGAAGUGGACCUCCGCGGCCAUGCCCUGGGCGGCUGCCAAGGACGGCAAGCUGCACUCGGGCAUCGAUCUCAGCGAGACCAGCGUCAUCGACCUGCCCUAGGCCCCCGGAAGGUUGUGUUCUAACGCCAGCCUGCAGGACAAGUACGGUUUCCCGGUGUGGAGACUCCGCUUAAUCAAUUAGAGCUAGAAAUGGAAAAAUUCUACAGUCUGUCACUCGUUUUGUUGCCUUGAUCAAUGAGUACCUGAGUGUUUGGUGCAGGGUGGAUUCCACAGUGAUGAGAGAAAUGCCUGUAGGAGGCCCAGUGUAAGACUGGGCCUCUCCCAUAACCCACUGUCCUAGGCUGGAGAGAAAAAAUGACGCGAUCUUGACCCAACUGGGCGCAGGGAGCGCCCUUGGAAUUGGGAGGCCUGCCCCCGCAGUGCCCCUCCCCCCCACUCUCUUGGUUGCACUUUCCACCAGGACCCCUGGGGAGGCCCAGGUGGGAAGGAGAGAGUGGGGGAGGGGCCUGAAAGAGGCGGGGCGGCAGCGCUAAGGGGCGGAGUCUGGCGGAGCAGCGGGAGGUCGCAGCGUCCCCUGGACUCAGAACGAAGUUGGGUGGAAGCCGCUGUGAGAGGGUGAGUUGAUUUUCCUGAGAAAGUUCAGAUCUUCUCUGGCUUACUAAUAGAGACAUGUCCAGAUAAGGGCCCUCUGGUAGCCGCAGCUCCCUAAUCCGUGGGUGAGGGUGAUAAUGCAGACAGCGGAUGGCGCUCCUUCAAAUCCCAGCAUUCUCUUGGGCUCGCACUAGAGCCGUGGGCUGGCGACCUCUCCGCCUCUCCUGAGACAGGGAGGGCGACUGCUGCGGAGAGGACAGUGUGACGGUGACUGGCCAUGCUGCGGCCCCCACCCCCGCACGGGGCGCGAGUGCCCUGCGGUCAGGUCAGCGUGGUGAAGAAUGUGGUGUCCUUGGCAGGUGGGCGGACAGUGGGGGGUCCCCAUCAACCUCCCUUCACUCUGGAGCCGCGUUUCUGCUGUGCCGUAUCUGCUCCUCUUUCUAAUCUGUCAGGGCUGACCUUCUUUCUGGAAAGAAAUUGCUUAACCUUCAAUUCCAUGUGCCUCUAAUAAAAUGUAUUUUGAAAGAGUAA